AUGUUGAUUAGUUCUGACGCAACGUCAUCCAUUCAAGUUGAUCCAAGUAUUCCAGUUGGGGAUCUUCCAACAUCAGUUGACCAGAAUGUUCACCGUACAGAUAGCAAUGAUUUAUCAAACAAAUCAAACAAUAAUGACCAAUCACCGGCUGUUCAAAAUAUACCGGACCUCAUCUGUGCUAGCACUGAUCUUCUAUCAGCUAACUCAAUUUUUGAUCAAAGAUCCAAAACACCAGUGCCAGGACCGAGCGAGCUGCAACAAGCAAACUCUACCCAGCCGUUUAAUUUCUCACCUAAAGAUCUUAGACCUUUACCGCAAGCGGAUCCGAGGACUGAAACAAAUAAAGGUCGUAAAAAACGUAAAACUGCCAUUCUCAGGGACACUCCCGAAAAAAAUGUAAUUGAACAAGAGCACCAACAACGAAAGAAAACCAGUACUGGAGAACGUAAGAGAAAAUGA